UGUGGUACAGGUGGUUUCUGUUCCCUUCCUCCCAACCAGCACUAGGAUUGUCCUGCAAGCAAAACUGUGAAUAGAAAAAUCCUUUGAAAACCAUAAAAGUGUUGGCCGCAACACUUUGGGGCAGGGACCACUCUGCAGAAACAAAGUGACACAGUGUGUGCUUAAUACGCUCAAGUGCGCAAUCGGCAUACACACAAGCCACUGAUCGGUGGAUGAUGAUGAUGAUGAUUUGGCCUUUUGAAUGGGUGGCAAGGCGAAGGUCAUCCCAUACAGUCGGUGUUUUUCCCGUGCAUAUGCGUGUGUGUGAGUGGUAGUUUCCGUUCCGUUGUGUCGGCCAAGGACCGACAAUUCCAAGUAUGCGAAUGAGAAAGAGAACACGGUCACCCAUACAUAAAUGCUAUCUGCGGUAAAUGGCUGUACGGUCAGGAUAUAAAGAGUGGGUUGUAAAUGUCCUUUUGUUUUCUUCUUUUACACCGAUGGCUCUUCCUUUUUCGGGGCAUUUAGCACCCUUUCCCCCCCUGUUCGGUGUGUGGGCCUUUUCGCUCGCUCUCUCUCUCUCUCUCUAUUUCUAGCACGUUUAUAAGUAUGCGUUUAUACAACAAACCAACCCCAAAGCGCAAAUAAACCGAUAAAACACGAAACACACAUCCCCCAAUGCCGCUCACGGCGAACGGAGCGUUCGGUACGGCUGAAAAACUCAACCAGAAACCGGGAGUACAAGUUCGAGGUCAUUCGCCAAUUCGGUGACGGUGACGAACGGUCGCUUCAAGAAAGACGUACCGUAAUGUUUCGCGCACACGGUGGCGCGCUUAUUAACGGGUGCUUUGCGCUUUUCACCGUGACCGUCCGGGUACCGCAAAUUGGGAAAUUGGUGUGCUGCUGUUUGCUCUUAUUAUCUAAAAUGUUUCCCAUCGUUUGCCGGUGGUAUCCUUGCCGGGUUGUGCAGCAGUGGAUUGAUUGAUUCGUACGCUAUCAGUGUAUAAUAGAAGCGCUACAGUUGCAAGCGUUUUUAAAACGAGGAAAAAUCAACGUACGUUUUUAGUGCCGAUUGGGAAAGUGUAAUAAAUUUAAGCAAUUUGCAGUGCAAGUUCCUUUUAUUCUAAUAGUGUUUUAUAAAUUAUUUAUCCACUUAGAAAAAGAAGCCACAUUCAUCAUAGCUAAUGAUUGCUGCAAGAAGAAGCAAAUUCAAACGAUACGAAACAUACAAGUGCAAACAUAUGCAAGUGAUGUGCAAAAGUUCCAAAACCCAGCAAAUCACAAUGAAAGCCGAUAAAACGUGAAAGAAAGUGAACCACAAUACGGUAGCGCGAAACACAAAACAGCAUCACACGAAAGAAGAUAGAAAAACACAGCGAAGGUGUUAAAACAGUAGUGUCUCGAAAACGGUGAGAAAGAGAAGAAGCAGAAAAGAAAGAAACGGUGCCAGAAGUGAAUUCUGUAGUGAAAGUGCAAAACAAAAAUACGCUACCAAAUAUUAAAAGUGCAAAAAACAGAAGAAGAAAAAAAACAACAGCAACCAAAAACGAAAAGGCCCCAUAAUUUGAUACAGAUAACAAGUUAACAAAAUGGCCGAAGAGUUACCAAUACUGAAGGGCAUCCUGAAGGGAGUUGUCUCCUAUCACAAUGCACCGGUCAGGUUUGGGCGUGUGCCGAAGCGGGAAAAGGCUCGCAUACUGGCCGCGAUGCAGCAAAGCACACAGAACCGUGGCAACCAGCGGGCGCUGGCAAGCGAACUGGACGAUCAGCCCCGUCUGCUGGCGAGCGUACUGCAGGCCCACAUCGAAACGUGCGAGUUUACGCGCGAAAAGGUCACCGCCAUGCGUCAGCGGGCCCGCGACUGUCCGAGCUACUCGAUGCCAACUUUGGCAUGUCCACUCAAUCCAGCCCCAGAGCUACAAUCAGAGCAAGAGUUUAGUCAGCGCUUUGCACACGUCAUCCGGGGUGUGAUUGACUUCGCCGGCAUGAUUCCCGGCUUCCAGCUGCUAACACAGGACGACAAGUUCACGCUGCUGAAGGCGGGUCUGUUCGAUGCGCUGUUCGUGCGGUUGAUCUGCAUGUUCGACACCUCGAUCAACUCGAUCAUCUGCCUAAAUGGGCAGGUAAUGCGGCGUGACACCAUCCAGAACGGUGCGAACGCACGUUUCCUCGUCGACUCGACGUUUAACUUUGCCGAGCGCAUGAACUCGAUGCAUCUGACCGACGCCGAAAUUGGGCUGUUCUGUGCGAUCGUGCUGAUCACGCCCGACCGGCCCGGUCUGCGCAAUGUCGAGCUGAUCGAGCGGAUGUACACGAAGCUGAAGGCGUGCCUGCAGACGGUCAUCUCCCAGAAUCGGCCGGAUAAACCGGAGUUCAUGCAGGAGCUGCUGCGUACGAUGCCCGAUCUCCGCACGCUCAGUACGCUGCACACGGAGAAGCUGGUCGUGUUUCGCACGGAGCACAAGGAGCUGCUCAGACAGCAGAUGUGGUCGGCCGAGGAGGAUCAGGGUGCGGUGUUGGAUGCGAAGAGCCCGGCCAGCUGGAGCUGCGACGGUAAUCAGGUCGAGGUGGAGAUUGCCAAAAGCCCGAUGAGUUCCGUGUCCAGCACGGAAUCGACGGAAACGUCCUCCUCCUCCUCCUCAUCGUCAUCGUCCUCGUCGUCCGAGUAUCAUCACCUGCACCAUCACCAUCAUCACCACAACGGUGGCAUUUCUUCGGCGGCAUCGGCUGCCGCUCCAUUGCUCGCCGCUACCCUGUCCGGUGCCUGUCCGAUCAUUCGCCACCGUGCCAGCUCGGGUUCGUCGGCAGAGGAUGAUCUGAUCGGUGGUACGGCACAGCAUCUCGCACAGAACGGGCUCACCAUAACGCCAGUCAUCCGCUCGGUCGGGUCUUCCUCGUCGGCCUCGUCCGCAUCGUCUGCCUCGAGUCAUCUGCACCAUCAUCAUCACCAUCACGUGUCGCGUUACCGCAAACUCGACUCCCCCACUGACUCCGGCAUUGAGUCGGGCAAUGAAAAGCACGACAAUCCGUCACCGCAACAGCAACAGCAGCAGCAGCAGCAACAGCAGCAGCAACAGCAGCAACAACAACAACAACAACAACCAUCACACCAUCCGCACCACCAUCAUCUGCUGCUCCAUCCGAAGCCGGCCAGUAGUAGCGUUAGCAGUGGUUCCUCGUCCUGUUCCAGCCCACGGUCAUCACUCGAAGACCCAACGCUAGAGGACAACAAUAGCAGUAGCACCAAUCAGGGCAAAACACUACUAGCGCGCCAUGCGAGCGUUGAGAAUAUGCCGGUACUCAAGCGAGUCCUGCAAGCACCGCCACUGUACGACACCAACAGCCUAAUGGAUGAGGCGUACAAGCCGCACAAAAAGUUCCGUGCAAUGCGUCACCGUGAGAGCGAAGCGGAAGCGGCUUCCUCCUCUACGAUGUCCGCAUCCUCGUCCUCCUCUUCCUCCUCCACCUCCUCCUCGUCUAGCUCACCCAUCGUGGCGACCGUGCUUGCGUCCUCUUCCUCACCAAGACCUGCCGCAAUACAGCCCCAUCAGCAGCAUCAGCAGCAAUCAUCCGUAGUGACAGCGGCAGCUCCAUCACCACCGCAGCACCAUCAGUCACAGCUGCAUAUGCAUUUAACGCGACCUCAAACACAGUCCCACCAAAGUAGCAGCAGUACGACCGGCUUCCUUCAGUCGUCUUCUGCCAGGUCGAGUCCACAGCCACCUAUUGGCGGAGCACAGCAACAGCAGCAGCAGCAGCAUCAUCAUACCUACUCGUCCCUCUCGAGCACACACUCCGUGCUGGCCAAGUCACUGAUGGAGGAACCGCGCAUGACACCGGAACAGAUGAAGCGUACCGACAUCAUCCACAACUACAUUAUGCGCGAGUCCGCACAGGAGCAGCAGAACUACAUCAAGCAGCAACAGGGUGGUUUGCUUGUCUGCGGACCCACCGCUAAUGGGGUAUUCCAGCGAGCCUCACCUCAUCUGACCGUAUCUGCUGUAUCUCCCGCACCAUCGUCCUCCUCCUCCUCCUCCUCUUCUUCGUCAUCGAGCAACAGUCCGGCUGCGUCAUCCGCCCCCAACGGAUGCCCAUUCGGAGGUUCGUCCUCCACAUCGUCAACGUCCGGCCGAUGGCAGCAGGUGAUUCAUGGUAGCAGUGCAGCGGCAAGCGUCAUCACUACGACUGGUCACCGUGCCCAGCAGACACCGUCCCCAGGCAGUUUGACACCGCCGGACACGUCCUCCUCUUCGUCCUCGUCGUCCUCACUUUCGGUCGUCUCGUCACCACCGUCGGCGGCCUCGCCGUCCUCUUCCUCGUCGACGAGCAUCCGCUACUUCCAGUCGCCACACUCCACGAUGACGUCACCGGCCCCACCGGCCUCCCCAUCGUCGGUAGUCGUUGCACCACCGCUCACACCAUCACCGCGCCUGAUCGAGCUGAAGGUAGACAUCGGUAGCAGUGCUGCCAGCGGUAGUGCCACUGUUGUUACCUCGCUCGAGCCAAGCCAGCAACCGUUGAACCUGUCGAAGAAAUCACCUUCGCCGGCCCCGGUCGGUGUAGUGUCCGUUGUUCAACGGCCCAUGGUGCCCACCGCGUCCUCGUCCUCCUCUACAUCGCCCUCACCUAUCUCACCGGUGGCAGCAGCCGCAACUACGGUCGUAGUGGCCACCAGUAGCAGCAGCAGCAGCAGUAGUAAUGGACCGAACAGUAGUAGUGCCACCGCCAGCAAUCCCACCAUUCACAAGAUCCUACUCGAGGCGUAAGUGAUCACACUAACAAACACAACAACAACAAAAAAAACCCCGAAAGUAACCACAAGAGGCAGACACAAGGUGCGAUGGAGCGCACGCAAACUACAUCUACACAUCUGUACAAAUUUUUAAUGCGUUAAGAGAAAGGAAGAAAGCCUAAAACACCCAACAAAACAAAACAAAAAAAAAACAUCAUUAUAUAGAAUGCGGUCAGAAGUCAGAACUGGUUUGUAUUAUAGUAUUUUAGUGUCCGACGGGUGACGGUAGUGGGUGUUGAAUAACGAAGAAUACAAUUGUGAAGCCAAAAACUAAAGCGACAAGCCUGCUGGCAAAACAAGGAGAAUGCUAAGCAACAGCAAACAAACUAGAGAACAGAGUAAGAGGAGUCACUCGGUUUGAGGAGGUGGUGAUGAGAGGAGCGCUAUGUUGCUCUUAAUAGAUCUCGAUUUUUUUUCUCUUUAUUAAAGAAAGCUUUCCACCGACCGAUCGAUCACGAUCGUAGGAAAACAGACAGAGAGUUAGGCUGUGUGUGUGUGUGUGCGAGAGAGAGAGACAGAGAGUGUCGGAGAGAAAGCAGAAUUCAAUGAUGUGUAAACUAAACGCGCGCCCGGAGAUACGUCUAGGAAGAGCUCCCUCGAAGCUGCAUUGCAAGUGACGAACCUCAUUCUUCCCUGAUAAAUCUCCGCUUGGCGCUUAGGCCGGUGUCAAGAUCGGUGCAAAAGAAAUCCUAGUGUGAUGAAAAACAAAAAAAGAAAACGAACGAAGGAGAAAAAAAGCUGAAUGGAGCAAAUAAGAAAGGUUCGUAGCAUUACGGAUAUAGAACUUAGUUUUAGUGACAACAGGAUGUGGGAAGACGAGGGAUUAGAAUUAAGCAGAAAACAGAACUCACGAGCAGCUCUAUUGUAUAUGUGCGUGUGUGGUAGUGUAUUUAGUAGAAAACAAAAAGAGAAAAAAAACAACACACACACACACACAAGAUGAAACAUUAAUUUCAAACAGCCAAACUAUAAGCUGAGAAGCGAAUAAAAGAAAUGCUAAAAGAAAAGAUUGAAUUCACAAAUUAAACAAGAAUGCAUCAGAAAUACAAUACAUUGCAAAUCCACUUCACUCACACGCAACUCACCUCUCCUUGAUAAGAAUGUGCAACAAAAAGCAAACAAAAAAAAAAGAAACAAAAGAAAACGUUUCUGUACAGUAGCAAACCUCCAAUCCCUCGUAGCGUGUGGCACAAGAGCAAAAUGUAUAUUGUAUAAGAAGAAUAAAACUACACUCAUAUACACACACAAUUACCCCUGAAAUGGUUUGAGCAGAAACAUGCAAGACACUCACAAAACAUGCAAUAAGCACACCGCCAGAAAAGAGAGAACGAAGAAUAAUAAAACAAAAGAGGAAGAAACACAAAACAAAACUAUUUAGAAAAGUGGAUCAGAGAAAAGUAAUUUAUGCCCUUUUCAAAGCAAUGGAAUAGUAAUUUUUUAAUAAAAAAAGCAAAUGGAUAAUUUAAAGGCAGAUGGUGUAACAACCAAAACAAAAAAAAACAGAAACAGUUUAAUGAACGCGUAAGCAAAACUGGAAUCAGUAUCAGGAAAACAAAAGGAAAAGGCAGCAAUUGAUGCAAUAGAAGAAAAAAAAGAAAUGGGGAAAACAAACAAGAAAAUCGUUAUACUAAGCAACAAUGUUAACUACAAACCCUACUCUGAAUGGCACAUACAAACUGAACAUACAACAAAAGAAAGUGAAAAGAAAGCAGAAACUGAAAAUGCGUCACUUGUAAAUAGUUCUUUAGCGAUAGCGAGCGAGAAUGCGACGGAAAGAAUGCAAUAUGAAAACCAGGAAAAGCAAAGACGGUAGCAGGCUUAAAGAUGAAACAAAACUAAACAUAUUCAGCAAAACAGAACAAAACAAAAACCGCACGCAGAUGGGAAAGAGAGAGAGAGAGAGAGAGAGAGGAAGGGAGAGAAAAACGCAACCAAGAGAUUAAACAACAAACAAAAAAAGAAGCAAACAAAUAAUUAUACAAAAGAAGAUAAAGCUAUAAUUCCGCAGAUUAAAAGAAGAAGAAAAAAUAUAGUUUAACGAAACGUUAUAAAAAAACCUUACAGAUAUGGAAGUGUUUGUGCGUGUGUGCGUGUGUGAGUAAACAAGUGUGCGUGUGAUAAAAAAAACAAAAAGAGAGAGAGAUAUGAAGAAAAAAUAAGAGCUAUGAAGUAAAGGGAAAACAGUAUAAGUAAACACAUUAAAAUGAGAUUCUUACAGGAAAAUGGAUGACGAGAAAAAGAAAAGCAAUGAAAAGAAAAGCCACAAACACUAUUAUUGAUGCUAAUACUACUACUAUUUAGUACUAGAGGCACACACACCCACACACACACACCCACAUAAGAACAAGACAAUGAAACAGACAGGAAGCGAAAAGGGAAAGGAAAAAACAGAGAGAACGAGAAAGAGAUUGAGUACUGAUUUGCUUUAGCAUUUUUCUCUUGAAGUCAUUUUCUUUUUUUUGCGUUCCUUUCGUUUUGUGUUUUGUAAGGAUAACUUAUCUCCCAUCCUUGCCACGCUUGAAACACACGCACACACACACACAUACAUACAUACAUACAUCCACAGAGAAGAAAACCUUCCUUCAGUUUAAGUAGCGGAUUUGGAGCGAGAUCAUCGUCUAAGUGAGAGAUAGAAAUUGCCUAGCAUAUUAGUGUAGAGUAUAAUUAUUAUAUUAUUGUAAUUUUAUUCUAAUUUUAAUUCCAAUAAGCGAGAUAUAUCUAUGCGUGUGUGUGUAUGUUUGUGUGUGUGGUUAUGAAGAUGUGAGCGUGUCGUGUAAAUAGCGGCUCUUGUCGUGUGAAUGCGUGUGUGUGUGUGUGCGCGCGCGUGUGUUUGUGUGAAAGGUUAGGUUGAAGUCAAGUUUUAAAUUCUAAUCUAACUUGUUUCCUAUUUUAAUAUCUUUUUCCAUGUUCGUUUGUUUCGGUUAUCCUUUACCUUCAUAUCUUAUCCCUAUGUUUUGAGCUAGUUUUAUUGUCUAUUGUUUAUUUUCCGUUUUAUUUCUUCUUGUAGGGUUACAGUUUUUUCAAAUUUGAUUCUUUUUCAGAAAAGGAACAUUCGUUUUUCUUUAUGUUUUUGCUUACCUCUUGCUUAAUUCGUUUCUAUCGUGUUUCUACUGCAAAACACGUGGUGUUUUUAGUGUUACGUACAUUGUAGUUUAUUUAUUGACAAUUUUUCUUGCAAACCCAGACACGUUGUCUGUUUAUACUGUUUUUUUUCUAUCUUGUUUUAAUAGGCCUUUAUAUAACUUGUGUAGACCCAAUUUGCUUUUAUUACCUCUGUAUCGGUUUCCAUUAUUUGUAUCCUUCGUAUAGAUUUAUUGUCUGUUUAUUUCUUUGUUGCUUCACUUCUGUUUUUUUUUUUGUUUGUUUCCGAUUAGCUCAAUUUUAUGAACUUUGUUCUUCUGAUAGCUUCGAAUUUGAUUCAACAAAACAGCAAAAGAAAAAAAAGAGCGCGAGGACGAUCGGAAAAAUGUGUGUAAAAUAAAAAAAAAUACAUUUUUGCAAAAAAAAAGAAAGAGAAAAGCCCCUACUAUAAAGCAUAAGUGAGGUUAGGUUCGUAUUUAGAGUUUCGUUCUUUUUUUCGUUUUUCUUUUUUUUAAUGAUAAGUUACAACCAUAAGUGAAAACUCCCAACUAGAAGAAAAUGAUAAGCGAUGGAAAAGAGCUGCUGUGUAUGAGUGUGUGUGUGUGUUUGUAUGUAUGUGUGUUGCUAGUAGAACACAAUACGCAAAAUACCAUUACGAAAACAAACAAAAACAACACACAUGCACACGUACACAUGGAAAAAAGGGAUUAUGUGCAGAAGAUAAUUAAAAGAAAAAAACAACAGCAAAACGGAAAAAGAACCAUUUCUUACUUUUAAUUUUUAAGUAAACAGCAGCAAAACCUAGCAGAGUAACGGAUGAACGCGAUAAAGAGAGAGAGAGAGAGAAAAUGAGUUUCCUUAAUUGAUUAAAUGUGCGUUUUUUUUAUUUAUACACUAUAAGACAAUUAAAAUAAACUGAUUUUAAUGCAACAAACAAAUAAAACAAGCAAAAAACCAUAAGCAUUGAAAAGAAAAGUGAUAUGUUUUUCUCUAUGUGUAUGCUAAAUGUUCGGGGCCUGAAACAAUAAUGAAAGAAAAUACUGCUAUUAAUGAAAAACGUAACACAAGUAACAAACAUGAAAAAGGAAAGAAAACUUUAAGUAAAACAACUACUAAGGUGAUUGGCAUUAACAACAAAACAGAGAAAAACUAAACAGAAAUGAGUAUGAAGCACACAUCGCAAUGCUUGAUUUAGUUUUGGAUAUAAAGGGGAACACAACUAUUACUGCUAUUACUACUAAUUCAAGAUGACCGAUGGGAAAACGUGGUUUGUGGCGAGAUAUGAUGAGACUGUUACUUGUAAGAUUCUUUCAGUAUCAAAUGUAAGCAGCAAUUUUUGUUAGUGGAAUGGCAGAAAAACAAUAACAAACAAUCCAAAUUGAGAUAGCGAGAGUACGGGCGUGUUUAUGUAAAAAAGAAGAAAGUCAAAUCAAAGAAGAGAUUCAAACUACAGAUAAGGCCACUAUAAGAUAGGGAUAUAUGAUGUAACUAUUACUAGACCAGCGAAACCCGCAAAAAACCAUUUUGAAAACAUGAAACAAAACAAUGAAAAAAAAACAAAACAA